AUGGAGGUGCAGUUCUUUUUGGGGGACUCGGGUGUGCUCAUCUCCGGGUGGGGCAUCCAUGCAACAAUCAAAAUCUUUGAAGCAGUGUUCUUGUUCUGCUUCGGACUUGUGGACAACAGCCAGCCGUGGUAUGUGGCUUUGGCCGUCCUGUUGUGCUUCAGCUUGUUCGUGCAGAUGGCAGAGGGUACCUCUUAUGGUAUCGUGCCAUUUAUGAAUAAGCAACAAUUGGCCAUUGUGAGCGCCUUGGUCGGUGCGGGCGGAAACCUGGGUGCCGUCAUUGCUGGCUUCGGCUUCUACCGCCCGAUCGAGGACCCACUGCUGCCCUUCCAGAUCCAUGCGGGUUACGUAAUGUUUUGGACGUUGCUGACACCAUGCUACUACUGGGCGGAGCACGGUGGAAUGUUCAGCGGACCUGCUGUGAAGGCUGAAUCCAAGCCCGAGGGAGAGACCUCUGUGUGA